AUGACAGAAUCAUAUUCAAUUAUAUCUACUUUUCAAAGUUGGAGACUUGCAAAAACAAAACAAGAACACCCAGAGUUUGAUAGUAUUGAUAUCAAUACUUUGACCGCUGAAAAUUUUUUGGCAUUGUCAACAUUCGAUCGAGAUACACAAGUCGAUAUCGUUCAAGACAAAGCCGAGCAGUUCUUUAUAGAUCUUGUUCUUUACCAUCUUUCCAGUGAAGGAUUGAAUGCCCUCGGAUCAAGCAAACCUUCUCUUAAUGCCGAUCUAUUAGAGUUGGUUCAAGACCCUGCAGUCGUCACUUAUUUUCAAAACUAUGCUCCACUCUGGCUUCUCCAAACGAUCUAUCAUCACGACCAAGCUUCAUACCAAUCCGAUAUUAAAGGUGGAGUAGUCGAGAAUAGCAUGUUUAGUCUCAAUAAAAGCAAUAUUUUCAUUCUUAUCACCAUGAAGUUGUAUUACUUUGCACUCAAGCAAUUGGUUCCAGCAUUCCUACCAUUUAUUUAUUGGAGCGAUUUGAAUCAAUUCCAAAUCAAAGUUAGAGUAUACUUUAAAGACACCAAUGUUAUCAAAAACUGGAUGACCACUGCCAUUCAAUGCCAGAAUGCGGAUAUUGGUAACCGACUAUCAUUCGAUGCCGUUCGUUUCAAUGAAUUAAAGACCAAACUAGAUCUCCUUCAACCGAACAACAGACUUUCAAAUGACAUUGUUGGUUCUCUCUGGUAUUCACUGCUUUCCUACUACUCCACCAAGAAUCUCAUCAACAAUCCAGUUAACAGAAAUAUAGUUAUCGCAACCAACCAAAGUAUUCUCAACAGAAUCAUUGCCAAUCCAGAUAACCAGUUCAAUACCCAAAUCAAUGAUGCAACCACUGCUCUUGCUUGUGAUAAGCCAACUUUGAUCAAUCUACUAUCAGAUUUGAUGAUCAAAGCAGCUUUAGAGACUCCAUUCGAUAACGUUGUUCCAGGAGCUGAUUUCCAAUCUACGGCCAAACCAUAUACCAAAGAAUUCAUUGCCAAAACCCCGUUUACACCGCUCCAGGAUAAUUCAGAUUUUCUCAGAUUCGCCAAUGCUAUAUACUGUGCUUGUCAUGUCGGAGUUUUAGCCUAUGGAAUCCUCAAUGGUCAUGAUUACACUCUAUUGGUUUUCUUUAACCCAGGUCUAAUGUAUAUUGGAGAAGGACUCUUUAUUUAUAAAUAUGCUGAUGGUAUUGAUCAAGGAAAUAUCUUUAGUGUGAUGGGUGAUUUCCUCAGAUCUCUCACAAACGAUAUGGCAAAGGAUGCAACAAAUAUUUUCACGGCUUUCCAAACAUUGGUUCCAAGACUAAUUCAUCCAAACACUAGUGAGCAUAUAACUCGGUUAAUUCCAUCAUUUUACAUUCUCACGAAAGAUCAACAAGCAUUCCAACUGUUCAAGUCCCAGAGCUCAAUGAUAUUGGACUGGGGAAAACUAGCGGUCAACUUGCACAAGAUGGAUGAAAAUGAAGUAGAUAACUGCAUUCCUGGUCUUUUCACUGUUUUUAAAAAGGCUGGAUGUGCUGCAACCUCCACUGCUCUCUUGCUUGGAAACAACCUCUAUGGUCUAUCAUUGUGUGCAAGAGUUUACCCACAACUCGAAAUGACCUUGAAACGAUAUGAACUGACCAUUAAAGGUCAGUUUGAUAUUUCAAACAUUCCAGACCCCAUAGAAGUCUUUAUCAACUCUGUUGAAGAGAAGUUUCGAAUUGACUAUGAUGGUGCACAGUUUGAUGACGAUGGAUGGGAGAGCUAUUACGAAUCAUUGGAUCCAAGAAUCCAACGUGGUAUUGACAUUUUGAAGGAAGUUCAUAAAGAUAAUCUCAAUGAUAUGUUUGUACUUCUCGCCGAAAUGGAACAAAGAGUCAGAGAGCAAGAGUAUAAUAGAUUUACCACUCAAAUUGUUAAACUUGAAAACAAUAUCAAUACAGUGCAAGGAGGAGAUUGGAAAGCCAUUCCCGGAUCCCAAGCAACAGUAACCAUUACCCGUCCAAGUCGAUUAAUUGCCACUCUUCAAUUCUAUUCCAAUGUUUUAAAUAAUGGAUAUGGUUCAGAUUCAAUUGAUGUGACCUCUGCAAUCAAUAACCAACUUAUGACUUUAGGAGGAUAUAACCAAUACCCCUGGCCUGUAGGUACAUCAAUCAGUCAUAGUAGAGAUUGGUCAACUGGUUUUUCAAUCACAGAGCAAAUUCUUCAAGUAGGUGUCUAUCAAUAUGAUAUUAGAGCCAGAAUUAGAGGUUCUCUUCCAAGUGCUCAAGUGGAUGCUCCUGCUGCUGUCCUUUUCAUUGCUCCAUUGUAA